UGUUUCUUUCAGAAGUUCGCAAGAAAGCAUCUAGAUGAUCGUAUGCGCAGCUUUACCUUAUAACAGCGGUUGUACGCACGCGCGGACCAUAACAACACGCCCGGCCGGUGCGCGCGCACGCCAAGCAAAUUCGCGCCAUUUUCCUCCGCCAUCUUAUGUGAAUGAGUUUUUAGUUUUACGUAAAUAAUAAAUUUAAAAUGCGUGCAGUGUUGUUCCUUUGUGCUUUAGUGCAUGUAGUGGUGGGACAAGAUGUUAAUGAUAUGGUUAACAUGCCUAAAUACGACCAGAGAUAUGAUUAUUUGGACGUCGACGCAAUUUUCGCGAACAAGAGACUUGUUAGGAAUUAUGUGGAUUGUUUAAUUAAUGCUGUUCGGUGCACGCCUGAAGGAAAAGCGCUGAAACGAAUACUCCCAGAGGCGUUGAGGACAAAAUGCGUCCGCUGCACAGAGAGACAGAAGAGAACAGCAGUGAAGGUCAUCAAACGGUUGAAGAACGAGUAUCCGGACGAGUGGUCCAAGCUUGCUUCCCGGUGGGACCCCACUGGAGACUUCACCAGAUACUUCGAAGAGUUCCUCGCUAAGGAACACUAUAAUACCAUACCAGGAUCAGGUAGUGCGCUCCCUACAUCAGCACCGAUAGCACCACCUCGUGUUUCACCAUUGCCACCAUCUACCACCCCAACCCCAGGCCCAACGGAGUCCACCCCGCCAAGACCACUUGUACUGAACAGGUUCGGUGACGACGGUGAACUGAUGAUGGGUAGUCCGUCGUCAGCGGGUGUUACUCCAAGGCCGAUGACUCAGGCCACCACGAGGCCCAGCACAACUACAAAAACGCCUAGUACUAGGCCUGUACCACCCAGGCCAACAAUGAUGACUUGGGCAGGUGCAGCUUCCAACACACAGUCGACGCGUUUCCCGUUGCGACCAGUGUCAGAAAUAUCACCGCCAUACUCCACAGCCAUAACCCUCAUCGACCAAAUCGGCUACAAAAUAAUAAAGACAACGGAACUUGUCACCGAUAUACUCAGGAACACAGUGAGAGCAGUCGUUGGUCGGUAGACAUUCAGAAAAAAAAUCCUCAAUACAUAACGUGUCAAGUACCUAGAUAUAAAAGGCCUUAUAACCAGUGAAAAAAAACACAAGAUUCCAGUUUUGCCGUAAUCCCAGUGUAUGACAGUCGGCCAUAUUGAAUUGUUUAUUGCUGGUUGGUUUUCCCUCCAUUUUAAUUUCGUGAAAAAACCACCGACCUUUGGUCGUAAUUGGAAAUUAAAUUUGCAAAUGGAUAGUUAAAUUUAUUACUGUGAGAUUAUAAUUAAUAAGAAAUAAUGCUACAUAUAUGUAAGUUUAUUGUAUGUAGGAGAUUACGAAUUAUCUAAUUAUGGCACAGGCCUAUUGUAAUUUGUCAUUAAUUUUAAGUGUUAAAUUAUUGUAAUUUAGGUCGAUUUUACAAUUAAUUAACUUAGCUAAUUACAUAUUGUGAUUACGCAUUAAGAUUUUAUACUGUAG